UGCCGCGGCGGCGGCAACUCGGCGGCAGUAGCACAUGAUCACUCGCGCCGGCCUAUCGCGUCGCUCAACCGACGCACAAUAAAACCUCAUUUCAUUUCAUUCUUUUUUCAAAACGUGUGUGCCAGUGCUCUUUGUGAUAGUUUUAAGUUUUUAUAAUCUGUGGAUUUGGUAGUCAUUCAGAACCUUCCAGUACAUGAUGGUAAUGCAACGAUGACGACCGGCAUGAAGAUGGAGUCGAAAGGCACCCAGAUCCACCUUCCGCUGAUGGGCAGGGGGAGCAGAGGGGAGCUCAGUGACAAGGUCAUGUUCUCAGUCAAGUCUCCGCCGGAGCAGCUCAAUAAUGGACAACUACUAGGUGGCUCACAAAUGAACCUAUGCAACGGCGGCGCGGGCGCAUCAAUGACAGGCCUGGUGCCGAAGAUUCCCAACGGCCUUGGAGACCAGAAGAAGCCAAUGGCAACUCUCACACACCUGCCCAAACGCCCACCAGUGGACAUAGAGUUCUCUGACCUCUCUUACUCUGUCAGUGAAGGGAGAAAGAGAGGGUACAAAGCUCUGUUGAAGUGUAUCAAUGGAACGUUCAGGUCUGGAGAGCUGACCGCCAUCAUGGGGCCUUCUGGAGCAGGCAAGAGUACUCUGAUGAACAUCUUAGCGGGUUACAAGACAUCGAACGUAAGCGGAUCGAUCCUCAUAAACGGGAAGGAGCGAAACCUGCGGAGGUUCAGGAAACUGUCCUGCUACAUCAUGCAAGACGACUGCCUGUUACCCCACCUCACCGUCAGAGAAGCCAUGUUCGUCUCCGCCAACCUCAAACUGGGCAAAGACAUGACCGCAGCGGCCAAAAAAAUCGUCAUAGACGAGAUACUAGAAAUGUUAGGACUGGUCGAAGCCAGCGACACCAGAACGAUAAACCUCUCUGGAGGACAGAAGAAGAGGUUAUCCAUAGCUUUAGAGUUAGUUAACAACCCUCCUGUGAUGUUCUUUGACGAACCCACUUCUGGAUUGGACAGUUCGUCGUGUUUCCAGUGUAUAUCUUUGUUGAAGUCCCUCGCAAGGGGCGGGAGGACUAUCAUCUGCACCAUCCAUCAGCCGUCCGCGAGACUUUUCGAGAUGUUUGACUUUUUGUACACGUUGACGGAAGGGCAGUGCAUAUACCAGGGGCGCGUCAGCGGGCUGGUGCCAUUCCUGUCGUCGAUGGGACUCCACUGCCCGAGUUAUCACAAUCCUGCUGAUUACGUAAUGGAAGUGGCAACCGGCGAGCAUGGUGACUGGGUGCACAAGCUGGUGAUGGCGGUGAACAAGGGCAACUGCGGCCGAGGACAGUCCACAUCAUCAUCAUCAUCCUCCGUGCCACAGAACAGCAACUACAUCUACAACAAUCUCGCGACUAAGAACAACGCACCCAAGAAUGAGACUACGGAAAUUGUUAUAGAUAAACCAACCUGCACUGUGAUAGAUAUGUCGGAACCUGCCCUCAACCCAGAAAAACAACCGCUACCCAAUGUUACCAACUUGGCUCCUGUAACUUGCACCACAUCACUCCUCGACUCCAGCGAAAGUUUCACCAAGAAGCCGGUUAAAGCAGGAUUCCCUACAUCAGGAUGGAAGCAGUUCUGGAUCCUGCUGAAGAGGACCUUUAGGAGUAUACUCAGGGAUCAAAUGCUGACGCAUCUAAGGCUGUGCUCCCAUACCGUAGUCGGUCUACUGAUUGGGUUCCUGUAUUAUGACAUUGGGUCUGAUGCUGCGAAGGUUAUGAGCAACGCUGGCUGUAUCUUCUUCACUGUGAUGUUCACUAUGUUCACGGCAAUGAUGCCUACAAUACUUACAUUCCCAACAGAGAUGAGUGUGUUUGUGAGAGAGCAUCUUAACUACUGGUACUCGCUGAAGGCGUUCUAUUUCGCUAAGACUAUGGCGGAUCUGCCCUUCCAGAUCGUCUUCAGCGGAGUCUACGUGAUAAUAGUUUACUUCAUGACAGGCCAACCGAUGCAGACAGAUCGAGUGCUUAUGUUCACUACAAUAAACAUACUAACAGCACUCGUCGCUCAGUCGCUAGGUCUUCUCAUCGGUGCUGCCAUGAAGAUAGAAACAGGCGUCUACCUUGGCCCGGUCACCACAAUACCAGUAGUGUUAUUCUCUGGAUUCUUCGUCAACUUCAAUGCAAUUCCCAGUUACUUACAAUGGCUCACGUACUUGAGUUAUGUUAGAUACGGCUUCGAAGGAGCCAUGCUGUCCGUCUAUGGGUACGGCAGGGAAAAACUACAUUGCUCAGAAGCAUACUGCCAUUUCCGUGUACCGUCGAAGUUCUUGUCAGAAAUGUCAAUGGAACACGCGAAUUUUUGGAUCGAUGUUGGAGCCCUGUGCGGGUUCUUCGUAUUUAUUAGAAUAAUCUCGUACCUAGUGCUGAGGUUCAAGUUGAAGAUGAUGCAGUAGUGUAGCACAAAGGCUUUGAUUCCAGUUGCGGCCGGCCAAGGCGUUGGUCUGAAAAAUGUUCUGAUAGGAUUAAACGGGGCUUGAAAAUGAUCAAAUUAAAUAUAAGUGUUUUAUAGUAGCUAUAGAUACUAGGAACGAAUAGGUUUAAAAUUAGAUAGUUUUCGUAUAAAAUUUUCAUUUUAAGACGGUCACAGCACCAUAUCGUAAAAGUUGCUUCAUCUCAUAGACGUAUGAUAUUGACCCUUAUAAUAACGGUAAUGAUUUAUAGGUUUUCAGUAAUAUUUGGAUCCUUUAUAGAUAUUAUAUAAUGUUACUCUACUUCAAGCCCUGUACGUUCAUGUUCGCGACGCUGUGUUCAUAUUAAUAGGAAUCUGGUUUUGGUGUUUCGAUGGCGGUAGGGCCUGUACUUUACAUGUAAUAAUUUGUUAGAAAGCUAGCUACUUAAUACAUCGGUUCCCUAAAUUUAAGCAAAAAUAAACUCUGCGGAGUGUUUGCUCUUGUACCUGAAAUAGUUAAUGGAAUGAGCGAUAUGUAUAAUGUGAGUCACAGUCACCUCAUGAUUAAAACAUUCUUCUCACCAACGCCCUGAGUUGUAGGUUUACUGAUAGUUUUCGAAAUAUUUAGCUUUAUAGGGGGCAGACCUUGAAAUAGUUGUUUAUACGUACUUAUAGGGGUAGAUGUUAAGGUUUUAUAGGAGAUCGGGCCCAUGACUUAAUGUUAAGUUCCUUAUAAUUGCUGAAUAUGCAUUAGGGUUGAAGUUGUUGCAUGUGCAAUAUUGCUUUACGCCAUACUUUGUAUAAUAAUUACGCCUAAUAUUUGAUAAUAUUUGAACGAAUCGCUAGGGUAACAUUCCAGAGUGCCUAUCCAAGAUGCAAAUGUUCCUAUUUCUAUAGUCGUUAACGUUUACCCCAUCAUUUUCUUAGCGUUAACCUGAAGAUUUAAUAGGUCCGGUAUUUUACAGAAGCCGCUGCCUGUCGGACCUUUCAACCCGAAGGGAAAAUCUCUAGAUCACAUUCCUACGAAAACACCAUUCUGGGGUUUGUAGGUUUUCUGGUUUCGGAGUGAAGCGUUCUUCUAACUGGGCUGCCACGGUUCAUAUAACCCGUACGGAUUUAAUAAACAUUUUGGCGUCCGUCCGUCUCGAUUCAAAUGGGCUAUUUGUAUUUUAGCGAGUUUAGAAACAGGAACAUUUGCCAUUUGGCUAGGCCCUCAGUUUUCUUACAGUUUAUAUUCCAACAACUCCCGAAUCGAUUGGCAGCAACUGUAGAUUUAGCAAGUUGUAAAAUUUUGCUCACUUUUAGGUAUGUCCAAUCGAUUAUUAGGAGUUACUGGUUAUUUGAUGUUUUUAAAUAAAAAUGUAAAAUAAAAAAAUCCGGUAUAUAAUGCUGUGAAUCAUAGUUAUACUUAUUUCAUUUAUUUUGCGUCAUAGUCUUUUUAUAACAGAAUUUGCUUAUCUAACAAGUUUAAUAUUUAAUGUUGAUUACUGUCGAAUACCUAUGUAAUUUUGGACAAAUUAUCUCAACACAUUGCAAAUACAAGAAUUAAAUACUUAAAAAAAAAUUGUGGAAUUAUCAUGAACCAAUGUCUUGUCUUUCAUGGCUUUAUAAGAUAGACUUAAGAGCCUUUUACUUUUGCUUCUGCUUUCUUGACUACUACGUAGGGAAGAGGCAAACUAAAGGUUUUAACUUUGUCAACUUUUUUGACAUGAAUCUGCCCCUGUCGACGGUGUAACGAGUUUACACUAACAUAACAUAAGAAAUACUUUAUUGCACAAACAGGAAAAACAAAAUACAAAACAAAACCCUAACUUCUUUAAAUUACUUAUGCGAUAUUGGACGUUUUGUGGUGGUUUCCAGUCAUAACGGCAGUCAUAACACGUGAAGCCACAAGUGAUCCACCUUGAGCGAAGUACUAGACUUGAGUCUAAUAUUUCGCUCAAGUCUAGUAUUUCGCUCAAGGUGGAUCAUUUGUUGGCAUUGAUACAAAACCUCGCGCCCGGCCCGGUCUGCAGCAGCACUUGCUGAUGUAGGUAUACAUAGCAUUACGCCUGUAUCGGGGUAGGCAGAUGUAUGUAUAGUAUACACACCCACUACCCGCCAGCUAUGCUAUGUAAAUCCGUAAUAGCCCUGUUCGGAAAUCGCGUGACUUACAUCGUAGUGUGUGUUUGAAUCCCAGCUCGGGCUUUAAAUCACUGAAUUAGACUAUAGGAGUUUGAAUUCAUGUUUGGCUCAUAGAUAACUGAUAGAAAGAAAGAAAGAAAGAAACAUUUAUUACUACCGGACACCACAGACACAGGUACAUUACAUUUAACACAGGACAGAAACCACACGGAAAUCAAUAAGUACACAGACAAAAAAAAUCCAAAAGAAAAACAAACCAAAAUCAUAAAAACAAUAAUAAUUAAACUAAGUAUUCUAAAUAAAUUAAUAUCACGUGGUUUCCAGGUUUUGUGUCUCUUUAAUGGCAAUAGGCUCGUCCCCCUAUAUUACAUGGUGAUUCUGUCUGCAGUAUAUCCAUAAAUUAUCUAGUAGAUAGCAGUUCGGCUAUCUGACAUAUUAUUUAUCUGUCAGACAGAUUGGAUCGUGCAAUAGUUGGCAAACGUGAAACAGACUCUUAAGUCAUAGAAUAUAGAAUACUAAAUGGGGCAGUAACGGGGAAUGCUUCUUGUAAUUUAAGAGCCACGCUCUUGUCAGUGUAGCAUUCUCCACGCUGUUUUCUAUGGCAAAAUAGGGCAGUGGUUUCCUUCUUGCCUUCCGUCCCGUAGCACUCUGUCUGACGCGAGUGUGAUGGCGCCCAGAGUAGUCUAUUUCAUAGCCGUAUUAGGACUCCUGUCCUUCGUCUCUGAAUAGUAUUGGCAGUUACCGCUGCCCUCUGUUAGGUUCUAGGUUACAGUCCCUGUGACGCGCCCCUUCCGUCCUGGAUUGCCAUUGAGGACUUCACCUGUAUCCGUGGGCAAGGAUUCCACGUUAUACCCCGCACUCGCGGCUUACACUUACAGAGCUGAUUUUUUUUUUAUGGAGUGUCCGGGGUGCAUAAGUUAUAAAUAGUUAUUACUCAUUUUAGGUUUCAUAGUUUCGGCCCUAAUAACUGCCGUUUUGAUAGGACUCCACCACACUUUCCAUCUUAUGCAACUUUAAUCCCAAUGUAUAUCCCGCUUUACUUAAUGAUAUUAUUAUUACUUAUUCUUAAUUAUUAAUUAGUUAAAUUUAUAUUUAAACUCACGACGUAGAACUCUACCGGUUACUGUACUCAAUUUUACAUUAAAAAUUCUAGAUUUUACUAGACUCUUAAAACCCUUCAUUACGCUAAAGAUAUUCGGUAAAUCUCUAUGUCUAUCCUAAUUACCAGUAUUUAAUAAAUAAUAAACGACUGUGAUUUUUAUAAUA